CCAAGAUCGCCGCCCUCCUUGCGCUUGGCCGUGCUGUGCCACGGUACAUACUGUCCCACGCCCUCUUGUCCUUAGACUUUGCCCUAUCAACGGCCGCCGCCUGAUCAUCACCCUUCUUGCCCUCCUAGGCCCCGGCUCGUCCUGUCGCCUCCGUCAACGCCUGUCACACAAUAGGUCACCUUAGCUACUGGUCAUCCUAGCAAAGUCCGUCACAGCAUGUCCACAACAAAAAUGGCUGCCCGCGGCCACUCGCCCGUUUUGCGACAUCUUCCGUUGCCCUCUCUCCCCUUUCAGUCUCUUUCCGCCCUGCGCAGCCGUAGCAGCCCCAUUGCCAGCAGCCUCGACUCCAGACGCUCAAAAUCUCCCAACCACAGCAUGUCAACGAGCAACACCCAACUGUCCUGGCCCCGUCUUGACACCAAUAGCCCCGGCUGAGCACUGGCCUUGACCAAUGCCAUCAGCCCCGAGUCCCCGUCUCUGGUCCCCAGAUUCGGGCCUACGCGCCGCUCCCGCCUACGACGGCCUCCCCCUGCCGCCGGCGCCUCCUCUUCCUCCUCCUCCUUCACUACCUCGUUCUUCUGCUCCCUCUCGCGCCGCUAGCUGCGAGUGCUGCAUAUCCGGAAACGGCGCCGACUCUCCUCGUGGUCACACUCGGCUUCCCGGCCUGGCUGCCAUGUUACCCACCAAGCCGUCCUCCCCUGAGCUCCAGCAGCACUCGCGCCCACCGCCGCCGCCGUCUCACCACUUUCACAAUCGUCAGGGACAACAGCAUCAACUACAUCGCCAUCGCCACAAUCCUCAGCACCACCUGCAGCAUGGGACUUCGAGCCCGGCCCCCCGGCCUCUGUCCCCUCCUUCCUCCGCAACGACCACGACAGGUCCCCAGGCGAUACCACGGCCACCUCUGCUCACCACUUCGGGACAGUCCUCACAGGGACAGCAGCCUCCUCUGCCGCACUCCCCUGCGCCAACUCCGGUGACAGCCCCCGUGUCGGCCGUGACUGCAUCUCCCUCAUCUACUUCGCCGAACUCAGCUUUCAGCUCGGCCCCUGUCUCCGCUUCUACUACCGCGCUGCCCAUGGCUCCAAGGUCCGCAGGUUCCAAGCGUCCAGCCGCGGCCGAUCUCCAACGCAGUGUCAGUACUGCUCCGCCCCUCAAACGUCCAGCAACCAGCAGCACAGUACCUCUACCCGCCUCCACUAUUAAAGGUUCCGGUUCUCCCUCUCCCGCACCUGCGAUCAUUUACCAUGAGUACAUGCGACAGCUUCCUGCCUCUACUGCUUUACCACAGGUCAUGUCUACGUCUGCCACUACGACUAGCAUACCACUUCUACCUGUGCCGUCCGCCGCCAUGAUGCACCAACCUUUGACCGCCGACCAGCUACAGGGGAAGAGUUCCGAGCAGCUCAUUCAUGCUGUUCUCCAACUUCAGUCACAACACCAUCAAUACGUCGCACACAUAUCGACGCAAUACCAGAACAUCAGUCAGCAGCUUGCGGAGCUGCGUGGCAGUCUGCAUGCUUUUUAUAGUGGUCAAGCUGCCUGCCACCAAGCUGCAGCAUCCGCUAUAUCCCCCAGUUCGGCCCUCACUAUCAGCACUCCCCGCGAUCCUUUCAGCAGUAGUCGACAGACGACUGCGCCAGUUUUACCAGCAGUCCCGCAGCAACCACCAACUGCACCACAACAGGCUCCGGCAUCAGGCCAUUACCACCAGCGACCAUCAACGUCACAUUCCCGUAGUGGCUCGCAGAGACUACCGCCCCUGUCACCUACCACAGAAGCAGGCGUACUUCCCCGGCCCCCUGGGCAAGGUUCGGCCACUUCCAGUGGCCCCCCAACCUACGAAUACCGCACUGUCGCGACAGUAGAGGAAGUUUGGAGAGAAUACAAAGAAGGUAUCGACGGCCAGCCAGCGAUCGAGGAUCUUGAUGCGAGCUGGGGUUCACGCUGGCGUCCCGAACCUCGCGGUCGUACAUGGUACUCGAGGCGAAAGGUCAUUUGGGACAAGAUUAAGGAAUACAUGAGUGAUGGUUUGGACGAAUCGGCCGCGGUACGAGAGGUGGAGAAACUGCGUGACGGGGGCACUAUCAACAAGCUGAUUCGACUCCUGCAAGACGAGCGCAAGGACCGUGGCUUAGAUGAUAGUCUUCUUGCCUAAGUACCAGCCAGCAUUUCAGCAUCAAGAGCGAAGGAUUCCGGGGCCCGUCUGCCACUUUUGGACUUGUUAUUUUUCACUUUCUACUGCGCACGAGCUGCAAUGAUACCAUGGCGAGCAUGAAUUUUAAAACACUACUGGCAACUUGGAAUGCUGGCCAGAAACUCUCUGCUGGGCUGAUCAGGGGCUUACGAAUAUGGCAUGAG